AUGGUGACCGACGAUCUGCCCAUCGUCGAUUUCUCCUUGGCCAAGAGCCUCCAGGCCAUACGCGCAGUGAAGAUCCCGAAGAGGGAGCUUGUGGAGAAAGAGCUAGUUCUAGACAAAACCAAGAAGGAUGUCUCCCCUUUGUUACCAUUCUCUAUGCGAGACAGGACCAACCAAACCGAAAAGCGCGCCCCGCCGGCCGUAGACGCGGGUCACCGCCGUUCGUCGGAGUUUCGGCCGGCGGCGCCCAGCUGCUCCGCCGGAAACGGCCAAGCCACCGACGCGCAAAGGCUGGUGCGGAGCCUGCGGCAGGAGUCGCGGCGCCUGCGCCUGCUCGUGCUCGUCAUCGGCUUCUUCCUCGUCACCCUCACCUUCGUCGUCCUCUCCAAGCCCGACGCCCUGCUCUUCAACCCGGAGCGCCCGCUUGCCCCCUCCUCAUUCGCAGUGAACGGCCGGCUGUCGGUGGACGACGCGCCGCGCUCGCUCCUGAUCCGCCAGGCCACCGACGCCACCGCCGCCGCCCAGGACCCCAAGCCGCUGGACGACUUCGAGGACGCCGAGGCCAACGCCAACGCCAACGCCAAAGGCAGUAGUGGAGGCGAAGGGGAGAAGAAGAAAGGGCAUCGCAAGGUCACCCUCCCAACCGUCUCUAAUUAUACCAUCCGUGACGCCGAGGACGGCGACAAUGCCAAGCAGCAGCAAGGUAGCAAACCGGAAACAGAAACUAAGCUUGAGAUGGUCGCCGGCAAAGGCGACGGAUCUCAGCAACAAGAUUGGGAUACCGCGGAAUGGGAGAGCAAGCCGCUUUGUGAUUUCUCAAACUUCAGAGCUAAUGUCUGCGAGAUGCGGGGCAACAUCAGGAUUCACCCGAACGCGAGUUCGGUGAUGUACAUGGAACCUGCCAGCUCAAAGAGAAACGAGCUAUGGAAACUUAAGCCCUACCCUCGUAAAGGUGAUGAGCUCUGCCUCAGCAAAGUUACAGAGCUGACGGUGAAAUCAAGCAAGGUGGCACCUGAGUGCACCAAGUACCACAAUGUGCCCGUCGUGGUCUUUGCUCUGACUGGAUACACUGGAAACCUGUUUCACGACUUCACCGACGCGCUUGUCCCCCUCUUCACGACGGCAAGCGAGUUCAACGGCGAGGUCCAGUUCCUCAUCACAGAUAUGGCUAUUUGGUGGACAAGGAAGUACCAUGUGGUGUUUAAGAAGCUGUCCAACUACCCCCUGAUCGAUUUCAACAAGGACACUGACGUGCAUUGCGCCAAGCAUGCCAUUGUUGGCCUUCAUGCUUACAUGGAGUUCACCAUUGACCCCUCCAAGGCUCCUCACAACUACACCAUGGUGGAUUUCAACAGAUUCAUGCGCAGGACGUAUGAGUUGCCGAGGGAGGCCGUGUCUGCGCUCGGCGAGAUCCCCAAGGCCAAGCCGAGGCUGCUCAUCAUCUCGAGGCAGAGAACAAGAAUGUUCCUCAACCUCCCGGAGAUCAUCGCAAUGGCCGAGGGGCUGGGUUUCGAGGUCGUGGUUGAAGAAGCCAAUGUGAGCUCCGACCUCUCCCAGUUCUCCAAGGUGGUGAACUCUGUGGAUGUGAUGAUGGGCGUCCAUGGCGCCGGGCUCACGAACUGUGUCUUCCUACCACACAACGCCACGCUGAUCCAGAUCGUGCCGUGGGGCGGCAUAGAAGGCGUGUGCCGGAUCGAUUUCGGCGACCCGGCGGAGCAGAUGGGCCUGCGGUACAAGCAGUACAGCAUCGCCGUGCACGAGAGCAGCCUCACCGACCAGUACCCGCUGGACCAUGAGAUCUUCAAGAACCCGCUGGCUUUCCACAAGGGGUUCGAGUUCAUCAAGGAGACCUUCAUGGACAAGCAGAACGUCAGGCUUGACUGCAACCGGUUCAGGCCUGUGCUGCUGCAGACCCUUGAUCUGCUAAACCAAUAA